AUGUCGGCAGAUCUUCCUUAUAAGCGAAAACAAACUGCUGGCACAUCAAGUCCGACGCUGUCAAGGCACACCUCAGAGGAUUCAUCAGCUCAACUUUCAACCGGAGAACAGCUGACUAAGAAUCCUGGAAAACCAGAAAAUAUGUACCCCCUCAAAUCUCUCAUCCAGAACAAGCCAUCAUCCUAUAGGACUACAAGCCAAAAACCAGAAGAGCCCACAUCGUUGUGUUCACCUCAGUAG